UCGCCCAACGAUAGUGAUUCAGUUUUGCGCGAUCGCUUGAUACAAAAUGAUGGUACGAACGGGGUGAGGGUCGGAACAAUUAUAGAAGAAAGUGUAGUGUACCUGCAAAUAGUGACGUACCACCCCAAAAUCGAUUAUUAUAAUAAUCAAUAUGAUUAGCGAGACGUGGUAUCGAAUCACAAUCGUUUCAUGCUUAGCCGUGCUAUCCACCACUGAAGGAUACGAUAACAAACUAACGAAACUAUGGUCUUUAUCUGGUGCAUCGAAAAGUGAUGGAUCUGCAAUAGUAAAUGUGACCAGUGCAUCUAUUGUGAUACAACCAAGUGGACAGAUAUCUUCACGAAGAACAAAAGAUUUCAAAGGUACUCCUUCCGAUUACAGCUACGCGUUUAGACCCCGAACGAUACCGGUUCGGUAUCAUCAUGACGAGAAGGUCUAUCAUUCUCAAGAUGUGAAGUACAAAUCGGAAGUACCUUUCCCUGGUAAUUAUCAUAUUGCCAAAGAGAAAGGUAGUGAGAGCCUGCAGGAAUCCCCGCACAACUAUGUUAAGGAAGGUGCAUUUCAUCCAAGAGCUAUCCCUUUAAUAAUUAAUCCAGAAUUUCAAGGAAGAUCAUUGAGUGAAGACGAGGAACCUAUUCUCGAAAAACCUGAAGGAUUUUCGGAAGUCCCUGCGUCAAAGAGAUCAUUGUCAUUCUUAGGAGCUGAGGAUGACGAGGAAGAAGUAGACGAAGAAGAAGAAGAAGAAGAGGAGGACGGGGAAUACGAAAUCAGUGAAGAUACGGAUGAUAAAGGUCACAAACACAAACCGUAUAACAAAAUAAAGAAGAAACUGAAUAAGAAAUCGAAGAAGAUGACCAAAUACAUGAUGCCGUUACUAUUAGCUUACAAAUUGAAGUACUUCGCUUUAGUUCCUGUGAUGAUAGGUGGACUUGUAUUACUGGUAGGAGCGACAGGAUUGGCUGGUUUCUUCUUUGCGUUAUUUGCAGCGGUAAUGGGAUUACAGAAAGGAGGUUAUUAAUAAAAUAAAUUAGGUCGACGGGUUGCUCGCAGAUGCCAUUUCAGUUAAGUUAGUUAUGAUAAUUUCGAAGCUACUUCUUCAAUAUAUAUUUUUACUAUCAAUUUAAAUUUGUUUAUUUUGACAAGUAGACAU